AUGAAAAUCGCGGUAAUCGCGUUGGUGAUAUGCGUGUGCAUGUGCUUAGCAGCUGCUGAUGUGGUGCACCUGAGGGCGAAGGCCAGACUGGCGGCAAGGUUAGCAGGGAAAUUGAAACAUCACAAGAGGGGAGUACUGUCGCCAGUGCCUCCAUUCAAACUCGGACAUGAUAUACCCCUAGUGACGCAUUCAGUGGUUAAGCCCAUUGUGGUGACCUACCCUCCGACUUCAUCCGUAACGGCCGUGAAAGUGCCCCUUGCACAUCCACACAGUCACCGCUACCCAGUCUCUGUUGGUCAUAAAGGAAAUCCGCAUUCACAUUUUGGGCAAAAGCAUCCGCAUACGAACACUGUGCUAGUUCCUAAACCGGAUCAUCACUUCCAUCAUCAUCAUCAUCAUGUUGAUCCUAAACCAGUAGUACCAAUACUACCAGCACCACCUGUACCUGCUACUCCUAUAGUUCCGAUUGCGCAACCAACGGGGACCAUAGCGCAUCCAAUUCCAGCACCUUCGCCACCAGUACUCAUACAGCCAGGACCGUUUGUUCCACCCCAACCAGUACCAAUCGCUCCACCUCCUCUUCAUUUCUUACCUUCAAACCAUGUAAAGCCAAUUCUCCCAGCUACAACGAUACCGUUCCACCCUCCAGCAGCCGUACCAUUAAGACCUGCAGCAAUACCACUACCACAAGCGCCUCUCAUACCUGCUCCUGUUCCACUGGCUCCUCAAUAUCAAUAUGUAAUACGACCGGGUAACGCUGUCCAAAGUUCCUUCUUUGCUACAUAUCCCAGAUACCCAUUGUUGAACUAUCAAAAUCCAUUUUUACCUUUGGCUUCUCCGAUCGCACCUGCCAUCCAUCCAUCCGUCAAUCAAGUCUUGUUACAACGACCUCAAGUACCUUCAUUCCAUCUGGUGCCACAAGCAGCAGUAGGCGAAGGAGUUCUAGAGCAGCCAGCGCCAACUGUGCCUGUAGAACCCACUCUUAUACACCCAACUCAGGCUGUUCCACAACCAACGGUGCAUUUGCAGCCGACUCAGCCGGCUAUCUCUAUCGACAACAAUGGAUGGUCUCCAGUACCACCGCAAGCGCACGACAUCACCCCCGUACAUCAUCCUGAAGCCCAUUUCCCACAACCGGAACAUCACUUCACUCAAGAGCAAGGCACUCAAGUUUUUGAACACCAUACUGCCAGCGACCAGCAGUACCAUGAUUAUCAAAAUCAUUUACAACAGCACAUUCAACAGCAGCUUGAACAAGCGCAAUACGAACAAAAUCUGAAUCAUCAACAUCAACUCAAUCAAGAGUACGGUGCUCCUCAAAAUCUUAACCAUGAGUAUGGCCAGCCGAAUCAAGAGUAUCCUGUUCCAACACAGGAUUAUUCACAGCAUAAUCAGGAUUUUCCCCCGCAUAAUCCUGAUUACUCUCAGCACGUUCAAGACUACGCCCAACAUGCUCAAGAUUAUGCACAGCACGCACAAGAAUAUGCGCAGCAUGGUCAAGAGUAUGCACAGCAUGCACAGGAAUAUGCCCAGCAUGGUCAAGACUACGCACAGCAUGCACAGGAAUAUCCGCAACAUGGUCAAGAGUACGCACAACAGGAAUAUGCGCAACAUGGUCAGGAUGUCGCGGGGAAUGAAUUUAAUUUAGCUCACCAGCAAUUGGGCCAAGAGUACGGGCUACCACAAGCCGAGGGCCGGAGCGAGGACGCUGAGGAAGAGAGCGAGGCGCAGCGGUACCACAAUCACAUCCCUUUAGGUCUUCAACCACCCAUCAACCGUCCACCGGAACAUUUCCGAUAA